AUGCCAGUGUCAACUUUCGAUCCAGAAUUAUCGGCCCAGCUCCACAAUGAGAUUCUGUGUCGUGCAUGGAUCGGCGCAGGACGCGACUUAGCAUCACUGCCGUCCACAACCUGCUGGGAAAUAUCAUCCCCAGUCCCAGCCGAAAUUGCUACGAAACUGAAUCCAAAUCUUAUUUGCUUCCUCCGUCUCGCGAAAACGACAACAUGGGACCCGGAAUUUUACUUCUUCUACUUUCUGCAUUCACUGCAAAGCAGUGGAUACCUGCAUUCGCUCCAUACGUCUGAUAGGUUUAUCUAUCUCUAUAAUCCCACGAGUGCUUACGGAGAUGAGGAAGUAGGCAUAAUAUUUGAUCAAGAAACGGAAUUAGCGGCCUAUGUUGCUCAUCACUAUGACUUGAUCGACGUCUUCCAUGAGCCAUGGGCAUGGAAACCCCUGCAGGAUAUUCUUCAGGCAUAUCUAGAGAUGAUCGAAGAAGGAAAAGUGCAGGCGUCUCCAAAUACGGCUGAAGAGCAAGAGGCCUGGCCAAGAACACCCCGAUUCUUUCCAUGGCAGUAUAAUCAGUAUACGGCCCGAGAUGUCAAAAAGACAAAUAAGGCAUUUACUCGACUUCUCGACGCAAUCGAACAUCGACUUCCUCAAACUACGCAAGAUUCAGAAUUGCAUCUUCCAUACUCACCCGCUAUCCUCGACGAAGCUAGUAUCCCUAAUAAUUCGUUCAUUCGACCUUUCUUCUCGGAGAUACCCCCUCGGACCUUGAACUUUCGUUACAUCGCCCCGGGUAUCAGUAUUCAGUUACCUACACAGUUUGCUGCCCAGCCGUGGAAAGAGAUAUCCGAUAACGAGUCGGAAGACGAAACAAACGAGGAAACCGAAGAAAAAGGUGGGCAGAGCAACCAGGUGCCCAGUCAAGAAGCUAGUCGAGACGCCGAUCAGGGACGAGCUGAACAGUUCGACGAGAACCUCGAUCUUCGGACCCCAGGGGAACGAUAUUUUGGGCCAUUUUCCUCGUCCAGCGAAUCUGACGAAGAAGUCUAUUUUUUAUCUGAUGGAGAUGAAGAAGAGCGAAGUGACGAGGAUGAUCAUAGCGAUGACGGCGAAAGCAGCAGAAGAAGUGGUGCCUUAAGGAUUUUCUACAACGUUCCAGAUAUCGACAGCGAUAAAGAUGAAUAUCCUGGAAGGUUGCAAAUACAAAACCACCCAGUCGGUCACGCAGUGCCAUUCUUGCUAUUCCGAGGUGACGAAUCAUCCUCACUGAGCUAUAAGCGACUGUUUUUCCCUGAUAUAGAGGAUAGUCACCAAGGCACUUCUACGGGGUUAUAUGUCCUCGCACCUGGCAUAGGGGCAAACCAAUUUGGGGACUCCUGCAGACUAAUUCUGCCUUUUAAUAUCGGAGGUCGCGGGCAUGCGCGGUUUAGCAAUGGUCAGAGACUAAUGAAUGCCUGCGACUCCUAUGUGCCUCAGGAAACCUCGUUUGAGCUUUACCAGGCAGGGCGAGAAAGUGGCUUUUUGGAAUUUCAUCCAGUACAGCUUCAUAAAAUCUUGCUGAACUGGGCGCAAAGAGUUGAGGCCGGUGAUUGGGAAGUUGAUGCGAAUGGGGUUGUGGGUGGUAUUGGGAAGUUUGAGGAAGCUGAUACACCGGAACAUUGGAAGAAAUACCAGAUUCCGCUGUCCUGGUGA